AUGGCCGCUGUGAAGCGCAAGGAAGGCCCUAACGGCUCUGCGGCUGCGAAAUCAGCCCGUCCGGCGUCCGAGUCGCGACCGUCGAAGCGGGCGAGAGCGAGCGAGUCGGCGAGCAAGGAUGAUGCGAAGAAGGGCGGGAGAGAGCCCAAAUCGCCGGCAAAACCGGUGCCAGUACCUGUGGUCUCGGUGUUGAAAGAGGAGGAACCUCUGUUCCCCCGAGGUGGUGGGAGUGUUCUCACGCCGCUUGAACAGAAGCAGAUCUCCAUCCAGGCGAAGAAAGAUGUCUUGUUUGAGGAACAGUCAGAGGGGAAAAAGGGUGGGGAUAAAACCUCCAGGAGGAAGAAGCGCAAGUCGCGUGCAGAUGAGGAUGCGACGAAAUCUGCGAAAGACGAAGACGCUGUCAAGGUGGAGAGUCUGAAUUUCAAGCGUCUGGUCAAGGGAUCCCUCGUCCUCGGCACCGUCUGCGCCAUCAACGCGCUCGAUAUCGCCGUUGCGCUUCCGAACAACCUCGUUGGCCAUGUGCCCAUUACCGCCAUCUCCGAGCCCCUGACACAACGAUUGCAGGACAGCGCCGAGAAAAGCGAUGAUGAAGAGGGAGGGUCUGAAGGCGAUGGACCCGACGACGUCGAUCCGAAGAGCCUAUUCCACAUCGGCCAGUAUGUGCGCGCCUAUGUAAGCUCAACGCUAGACGAGUCGACACAAGGCAAAUCAAAACGGCACAUUGGCUUGUCUCUCGAGCCCGCGCAUGCCAACUCGGGCAUGUCGGAACAGGAUGUGGUGGAAAACAGCACCGUGAUGGCCUCAGUGGCUAGCGUCGAAGACCACGGUUUUGUCAUGGACAUCAGCAUAAACGAAUCCAGCAUGAAGGGGUUCCUUCCGCGCAAGCAGCUCGACAAGAUCAUUCCUGAAGAGAGCCUCCAACCAGGGUCGGUUCUGCUCUGCAUUGUCACGGGCAAAGCGGCGGGCGGCAAGGUCGCGCAGCUCUCAACGCUCUCCGACCGUCUCGGUAGCGUCAAAAGCAAUCCUUUCAAGGCCACGACGAUCGACUCGUUCCUCCCCGGCACCGCGGCCGACGUUCUGAUAUCUGAAGUGUCUCAGUACGGUGUUCUCGGGAAGGUGAUGGGCCACUUAGAUGUGACGGCCGAUCUCGUCCACUCAGGCGCAGGGCCUGAUGGCGUCGACAUCGCGGACCAGUACAAGGUGGGGUCGCAUAUUAAGGCGAGGAUUAUCUGCACGUUCCCCAACGCAAAGCUACCCAAGUUGGGUAUUUCCGUGCUACCCCAUAUCCUGUCGCUGAAGCCGAAAACGACGAGCAACGACGACACCUUACCGACCAAAGUUCUCGCCCACUCGACGAUCGUAGAAAAGUGCACGGUCGAAAGGGUCGAGCCGGGGAUUGGCCUCUACGUGGACGUAGGCGUCCAGGGGGUUCCCGGGUUCGUCCACAUCUCUCGGGUGAGGGACGGCAAGGUCGACAGUUUGUUCGAAAACAGCGGGCCAUACAAGGUCGGCACAGUCCAUCCCGGGCGGGUGAUUGGAUACAACAACUUUGAUGGCAUGUUCCUCCUCUCCUUCGAAAACAAGGUCUUGGAGCAGCCAUUCCUACGGAUUGAGGACAUCCCGGUGGGCGCGGUGGUCCCUGGUGUGGUUGAGAAGCUUGUCAUCAACCAGGACGGUCUUGGUGGCCUCAUCGUCAACAUCGCCGACGGAAUCUCGGGUCUCGUUCCCGAAAUGCACCUUUCUGACGUCCACUUGCAACACCCGGAGAAGAAGUUCAGGGAAGGCAUGAAGGUGAAGGCCCGCGUCCUCUCGACAAACCCGGCCAACCACCAGCUCCGCUUGACGCUGAAGAAGACGUUGGUUAACUCCGAGUCGCCUCCGAUCAAGACAUAUGAGGAGCUGGCGGUUGGCCUGCAGGCUCCCGGUACGAUUGUCAACGUCCUGCAGCAUGGUGCCAUUGUUCAGUUCUACGGCCGGCUGCGCGGCUUCCUCCCUGUUUCCGAGAUGAGCGAGGCCUACAUUAGCGAUCCCAAAGAGCACUUCCGCGCCGGCCAAACCGUCAGCAUCUACAUCCUUAGCUUCGACCCGGAGGCUCGCAGGCUUAUUGUGUCUUGCAAGGAUCCGUCUGCCUUCGGUUUGGAAAAGCAGCUCGCUCUCAAGAAGCUCCAAAUCGGCGACCUCGUGUCGGCCAAAGUCACGCAAAAAACUGAUGACGAUAUCUUUGUUGAGCUGGUCGAUGGCUCACUCAAGGCUAUUCUCCCCGUAGGCCACCUGACGGAUAAGUCUGUGAGCAAAACGCAGUCAGCCCUCAAGAAGAUCCAUGUCAACCAAACGCUCUCGGAGUUGGUGGUUCUUGAAAAGAACGAGGCCCGGCGCUCAAUUACGCUCUCACACAAGCCGAGCCUUGUUCAGGCCAGCAAGGAAAACAAACUCCUCGCGACAGCCGACAAUGGCCGGGCGGGCGACACCGUCGCCGGCUUCGUCCGGAACAUCACUGCCACGGCCGUCUUUGUCCAAUUCGCAGGGAAGCUUACCGCUCUUCUUCCCAAAUCCAGGCUGCCCCGCGGUGUGCAGGACACGCCUGGCUUUGGGAUGCACAAGACCCAGUCGCUCACGGUCAAGAUUACUUCCGUCGACAGGGACCUUGGCCGGCUAGUCGUUGCAAUCCCCUCCGUCGCGGAUGAGGAGACGCAGAAGGCAUCCAAGCCAACCGAGGCGGCUGUCAACUCGCUGGAUGAUUCGAUUACUUCGAUCGCGGACCUUGCGAUCGGGAAGCUAACCAAGGCAAGAGUCAAGUCGGCUAAGGAGACCCAGGUCAACGUUCAGAUUGCGGACAACAUCCAGGGGCGGGUUGAUGUCUCGCAGGUAUUCGAUAAUUGGGAAGACAUCCCGGACCCGAAGCGGCCACUGAAACGGUUCAAGCCCAACGAUGUGAUUGAUGUCCGUGUUCUCGGUGUUCACGAUGCUCGCAACCACCGCUUCCUCCCCAUCACCCACCGGUCCAGUCACUCGGUCCUCGAGCUCUCGACACGGCCUAGCGAUCUCCAAGCGGACACCCUCCCAGACCCGCUAUCGCUCAAUCAAAUUGAGGUGGGCUCGACCCAUGUCGCUUUCGUCAACAAUGUGGCCUCCAACUUCCUAUGGGUAAACCUAUCGCCCAACGUUCGUGGUCGGAUCAACGCCAUGGAGGCGUCCGACGAUCUCGCCAAGCUAGCGAACCUCGAAAAGAGCUUUCCCGUGGGGUCUGCGCUCCAGGUGCGCGUCCUCGCCGUCGAUCAGGAGAAGCAGCGGGUCGACCUGUCGGCGCGGAAGCCUGGCGAGACAAACCAGCUCUCCUGGGACAAGAUCCAACAAGGCUUGGUCCUCCCCGCCAAGGUCACCAAGGUCAACGAUCGCCAAGUUAUUGUCAAGCUGAGCGAACUGGUCGCUGGACCUGUGCACCUGGCAGACUUGGCCGACGACUUCGACGAGGCGAACCCCCUGUCGCACUCGCGGAGCGAGAUCGUGCGGGUGGCCGUUGUCGAGGUCGACAAGAGCAACAAGCGGCUGCGGCUCUCCAUGCGACCGUCGAGGGUGCUCAACUCGUCGCUACCCGUCAAGGACAAGGAGGUCACGAAGAGCACAAAACUCGCCGUGGGCGACCUCAUCCGCGGAUUCGUCCGCAACGUCUCGGACAAGGGGCUCUUCGUCACGCUCGGUGGCGAUGUUGUCGCGCUGGUGAAGAUCAAGAACCUGUCGGACGCGUAUCUGAAGGACUGGAAGGAUCACUACCAAGUCGACCAGCUCGUCAAGGGCCGUGUCAUCUCCGUAUCCGAGGGCCGCAUCGAGCUGGACCUGAAGCCGUCAGUGAUCGAGAAGGACUACGUCCCGCUCACCACGAUCGCCGACCUUCGCGAGGGCCAGACGGUCACCGGUAAAGUGCGCAAGGUCGAGGACUUUGGCGCUUUUAUCGACAUUUCGGGCUCGCUGAACCUCUCUGGUCUGUGCCAUCGCAGUGAGAUGGCGGACCGAGCCGUCAAGGACGCCAGGACGCUGUACAACGAGGGGGACCGCGUCAAAGCGCUGGUGCUCAAGGUUGACUUGGAGAAGAAGCGGAUCAACCUUGGGUUGAAACCUUCGUACUUUAAGGACGGCGAGGAGGAUGGCAUGGAUGUAGACAGCGAGGGUGAGGAUGAAGGGGCGGCUCUCGAGAGUGAAGAGGAUGAGGGAGGAAGCGAGGAUGAAGAGAUGGGCGACGCUGGUGGUGCGAUUCUCAUUGGCGGCUCUGAUGAUGAAGAUGAGGAUGAUGAUGAUGAUGAGGUAGAUGGAAGCGACGUCGAGAUGGACGAAGCGUCAGGGGAAGACCUGGCCGGUCUUGAUGCCGGCGGCUUCGACUGGACAGCCAACGCGAUGGAUGAGGACGACGUGGCCACGGCCGACGCCACAGAAGAGCCGGUCAAGAAAACCAAGAAGCGGCGCGAGCCGCAGGGCAUCAUCGACAAGACGGCCGAACUCGACAUCAACGGCCCCCAGACGUCCAGCGACUACGAGCGUCUGCUGCUAGGCCAGUCCGACUCGUCCGAGCUCUGGAUCGCCUACAUGGCGUCGCAGAUGCAGGUCAACGACCUCGCCAGCGCGCGACGGGUGGCCGAGCGCGCGAUCAAGACGAUCAACAUCAAGGAGGAGACGGAAAAGUUAAACGUCUGGAUCGCCUACCUCAACUUGGAGGUCGCCUACGGCACCGACGAGACCGUCGCAGAUGUUUUCCAGCGCGCCUGCACCUACAAUGACGAUCAGGAGAUCCACGAGCGCCUUGCCAGCAUCUACAUCCAAUCCGGCAAGCACAAGGAAGCCGAAGAUCUCUUCGAAACCAAAAUCCUCAAAAAGUACGGCGCCCGCUCGCCGCACGUCUGGACCAACUACGCGCACUUCCUACACGCGACGGCCGGCCAACCCGAGCGCGCGCGCGCGCUCGCCAAACGCGCCAUGCAAAUUCUCGGCAACCCAGCCAACACAGCCAUCGGCAACGCCACGCCGGCCCAGAUCCACCUCAGUCUCAUCCCCAAAUUCGCCUCUCUCGAGUUCCGCUCCCCGCACGGCGACCGCGAACAGGGUCGCACGCUGUUCGAGAACGUGCUCGGCAUGUUCCCGAAGAAAUUUGAUUUGUGGAAUCAGCUGCUUGAUCUCGAAACGUCUGCUGUGGUGGGUUCGCAACAAGAAACAGACGUCGCGGUGGUCCGGGACCUGUUUGAGCGCGGGAGCAAAGUGAAGGGGUUGAAGCCGCGGCAGGCCAAGGCGUGGUUCCGGCGGUGGGCGAAGUGGGAAGAAGUGAAGGGGGAUGCGAAGAGUCGGGAGCGGGUCUCGGCGAAGGCUGUGGAAUGGAUGGCUGCGAGGGGGAAAGGGGGGAAGGGGGGUGCUGAGGCGGAGGAGGAGGAAGAGGAUGAUGAGUAA